AUGGUGCGGCGCACCAUGACAAUGGAUGAGGCAGUGCGGCUAGCAGAGGCAGAGGAGGCCGUCAUUCGCAAGAUGCUGCAGCCGCUCAAGACUCUCGCACACAGCCGCCAGGUGCGAGCAGUGAUGCAUCUGGAGCGCAGCAGCGACCAUGAGAAGGCCCUGUGCGAUGCAGUCAAGCGCUUCUCCGCCUCCCGCGUGUACAUCGGGGUCAGACGGUGA